AGAUUUGAGUUUUUCCUGGAACCACACUGACGUCAACAAACUGCAUACAGACACACGCACACACACGACAGAAGAGAGACCAGGACCAGAUGUGGUCCUCACAAAGACACAAGAACCAGAAAACCCUCACACGGAAUAAAGACAACACACACACACACACACACACACACACAGUGAGGAGUGCAGAGGAGGGGAAUGGGGGAGGAGUCAGAGUCAGAGAGAGAGAGAGAGAGAGAGAGAGGGAGGGAGAGCAGACAGAGAAACAGAAUUCAUGAACCACAGGACCAGGACCAGGACCAGGUCUGAGCUGCUGCUGAUCUGUGACUUAAAGGACAAGUUGUCAUGUCUCUGUCCAGCAUGUCUUCCUGUCUCUUGCUCCUCCUUCUUGUCUCCUUGGUGUCCUCCAUGUUUGCUGCUGCUGAACCUGCUGGGUGUAAAAUCCGUAUCACUGACAGAGGACUGGACAUGUUGAAGUUAGAGACUCAGAAGUUUGUUGAAGAGGAACUUAGUAACAUCACAAUGCCAGAGAUGAAAGGCAGAGAAGGACGUUUCCAGUACACCAUCACUGAUGUGAAGAUCACUGAGCUGAAUCUGACUCACUCGGACCUGAGAUUCGUCCCUGAAGUUGGUUUGUUGUUCGAUGUUCAGAACUCGUCCAUCACACUGAGUUUUCACCGGCAGAUUCUUUACUGGUUCUUUUAUGAUACAGGAAACAUCAACGCGUCGGCUGAAGGCGUGAACAUCAACACCGUCCUCAAUCUGAUCAGAGACGACCAAGGACGUCUGAAAAUCAAUAACAUCACAUGUGACGCCAAGAUCAACAAAAUGAGGGCAAAGUUCAGCGGAACGCUCGGGAGAGUUUAUGAUUUUCUGGCCUCUUUUCUGACGACAGGGAUGCGUUUCAUCCUCAACCAAAAGAUCUGUCCUGCGCUGGAUCAUGCUGCCUUGGUUCAUGUGAACUCGAUGUUGGAGACGAUUCCUGUGAAAACUGACGUCGAUCAGUUUAUUGGGAUUGAUUAUUCCCUGAUCGAUGAUCCAGUGGUGACGUCCAGGAGCCUCGACAUGAACUUCAGGGGGAUGUUUUUUGACCUCAGUCACCAUGGCGACACAUUGGUAAACAGUGCCGUUGAGCCAGUGAUCAGCAGCUACGACAGAAUGGUUUAUCUCGCUCUGUCCGAGUUCUUCUUCGACAGUGCGAUGUUCUCGUACUACAGAGCCGGAAUCUUCCAGAUGAACAUCAUCAAUGAGAAGAUGUCCAAAGAUCUGGAGAUGCUGCUGAGAACCACGUACUUUGGAACCAUCAUGAUGAUGAAUCCAGCUCUGGUGGACGCUCCGUUCUCGCUGCAGCUCGACGUUAACGCUCCUCCAAAAACUCACAUUAAAACAUCAGGAGCAACAGUUGAUGUCACGGCUGUUGUCAAGGUGAUGGUUCUGCCCCCAGGGCAAGCUGCUGUCCAGCUGAGCAGCAUGACCAUGCAAACAAAAUUUAAUGCAAAAGUUUCAAUGAAAGGAAAAAGACUGGCUGUUCAUGCUGAUCUACGCAGGUUUAAAAUCUUCUCUAAUCAGUCGGCACUGGAGUCUCUGGCUCUCAUUCCUCUCCAGGCUCCUCUGAAGACGAUGCUUCAAAUGUCAGUGGUUCCUUUGAUCAACAACUGGACUAAGAGAGGAGUUCAGAUCCCGUUGGCUGAUGGGAUGGAUUUCAUUGAGGAGGUGGUUGAAUAUCACAAUGGUUUCAUCGUGAUCGGAGCAAAUCUGCACUUCAGCAAAGGAUUAAGAGAAAUGAUCUCAGGAAACAGCACCGUCUAACACACACACACAUACACACACAGACACGCAGAGACACACAUACACACACACCUCUGACAGUAUGGUUGCUAUGACAACCCCACUUUCAUAACUGAUCAGCACAAAAAUCAAACAGGAUCAAUAUCUAUAUUAGAGUAAAUACACACUGAUAAAACUGUUUAUGGUCUGUACUGUAACCAUGGCAACAGGACGACUUAUGUUUGUGUUCAAAUCUAAUAAAUCUAAACAUUGUGAUCAU